AUGAAAAUGGAAAAUUAUGAGGCAUGUGUAGGUUUUGAUGUCUGUGAGAUACCCCUCUCCGCUGUUGCUCAGAAGAUUAUGUCUGCUAUGCGUUCAGGUGAUUUCAUGGAUUCUAGGAAUGAGAGAGAGAGUACAAAGACUUCAAAAGUGACAAAGAAAUCCAGUGAGAAGACUCAGUCACUAGAAACAAAGAACCCUGAGUCAUUAGUAACCCAGACACCAAGAGGAUCCAUUGAGCUCUGUCCUCAGCCCUCCAUUACUAAGCGCACAUGUCAGCUCUCUGCUGGUCAAGUGCAGAACAGCAUCAGCUCAUUGGGUCUUUCCAGUUAUUUAAUUCCACAGUGUGAUCAGGAAGCUUCAGUUUUACAGAAUAUGGAGCAUAAGAGACAGCAUUUCCUAAAGGAAAAUAUAGGCACAGAAGAUAAGGACAACUCAAGUCUUAAAAGAAAAUAUAUUACAUGUAGUAAAUCCUCAGAAAAAGCAAGUAAACACACAGCCCUGGAAAAAGAUACCGAUGGGACUGAAUCCUGGCCAAACUCCAGGGACACAAGAGCUUUGGGGGAAAAGCUGUGUGAUGUUAGAUAUUUGGGUGAUUUGGCCAAAGCCCAGCUGAUGGAUGCUCUCAAGCAGGCAGCAGCCCUGGUGGUGACAUUGAUGUACAAGGAUGGUUCCACACAGCUGAGCGCCAAGCAGGCUUUAACUUGUACUGUUAAAGGAAUUGUGGUGUUACUAAAAAGCCAUGUAGGCAACAGCACUCUGACUCUCCCAGCCCAUGGUGGUGCUCUGGAAAAGGACUUCACAUCCACAGAUCACUGUGUCUACAUACAUACGGAGCAUUCCCCUUUCUGGGACCCAAAGCAAGAAGCACAUAGUCUAUUUGUCAGGAACAUACUGUUUUGGACACUGAGGUGUAAAUGUCCCGUUGUUUGUUUUAAUGCCAAGGACUUUGUGAGAACAGUACUGCAGCUCUAUGGUGAAGAUGGCAGUUGGAAGCAUGUUGCUGAUUUUGUAGGACUAGAUCCCAGAGUUGCUGCAUGGCUCAUAGACCCCAGUGACACUGCACCUUCAUUUGAAGAUUUAGUAGCAAAAUACCUAGAAAAGUCCAUCACAGUCAAACGAAGCAGCACAUUCAGUGAAGCCUCAAGAAAUACUGUGAGUCAGAAUGUAUGUAUGAACCUGAAGAUACUCUAUGACCUUACAAUGGAUCUUUGUUCUAAGUUAAAGGCUUAUGGCUUAUGGCAGCUAUUUUGUACUUUGGAGCUUCCAUUGAUACCAAUUUUGGCAGUGAUGGAAAACUAUAAGAUUCCAGUUGACAAAGAAGAAAUGGAGAGGACAUCGGCACUCCUCGGGGCUCGCCUCAAGGAAUUGGAGCAAGAAGCCCAUUUUGUUGCCGGAGAACAGUUUCUUAUAAUGAGUAAUAAUCAACUUCGUGAGAUCCUCUUUGGCAAGUUGAAGCUGCACCUGUUGAGUCAGAGGAAGCAUCUUCCCAGAACUGGGCUGCAGAAGCAGCUGUCCACAUCAGAAGCCAUGUUAAAUUCUCUUCAAGACCUUCACCCAUUACCCAAGUUAAUUUUGGAAUAUAGACAGGUUCACAAGAUCAAGUCAACUUUCAUAGAUGGAUUACUAGCUUAUAUGAAAAAGGGCUCCAUCUCUUCUACAUGGAAUCAGACUGGAACUGUGACAGGGAGACUUUCAGCCAAGCAUCCAAAUAUCCAGGGUAUCUCCAAGCACCCAAUUCAGAUUUCUAAGCCUUGGAAUUUUAAAGGUAAAGAAGAGGAGACUGUCACCAUCUCACCAAGAACCCUGUUUGUGUCCUCUGAAGGCCACACCUUCCUGGCAGCAGACUUUUCACAGAUUGAAUUGCGCAUUCUUGCACAUUUAUCUGGGGAUCCAGAGCUUUUGAAGUUAUUCCAGGAAUCUGAAAGAGAUGAUGUAUUUUCUACCCUGACUUCACAGUGGAAGGACAUUCCCAUAGAUCGUGUGACACACAUGGACAGAGAACAAACCAAGAAAGUGGUAUACUCCGUGGUCUAUGGAGCCGGGAAAGAGCGGCUUGCUGCUUGCCUUGGAGUCACUGUUUUGGAAGCCACCCACUUUUUGGAGAGAUUUUUGCAGAAGUACAAGAAAAUCAAGGACUUUGCCCAGACAGUUAUUGGCCAGUGUCACAGUGCAGGAUAUGUGACAUCUAUCUUGGGUAGAAGGAGGCCCCUCCCGAGGAUCUGUGCACAGGACCAGCAGCUUCGGGCACAAGCAGAGCGACAGGCAGUAAACUUUGUGGUACAAGGCUCAGCCGCAGACCUCUGUAAGCUAGCCAUGAUUCGCAUCUCUACUGCAGUAGCCACAUCCCCGACCUUGACAGCCAGGUUAGUUGCCCAAAUUCAUGAUGAGCUGCUGUUUGAAGUAGAAGACACUCAGGUCCCUGAGUUUGCAGCUCUUGUCAGAAGGAUCAUGGAGUCCUUGCAACAGGUACAGACCCUGGAACUGCAGCUGCAGGUGCCCCUAAAAGUGAACUUGAGUGUUGGCCGCUCAUGGGGACACCUGGCCCCACUGCAGGAGACCCUGGGCCCAGCCUGACCUCAGCCACAAUCCAGCCCCAGUGAGGUCCCUGUUCCCUACUCACAUGAAGGACAUUUUUUUUUUCAUCCUAU